AUGGUGUUCUGUAAAAUAAAAAAUUGUACAACCAAAAAAGGCGAGCGAACGGUUUUCAACAUUCCGUAUGAUCCCAAGGUACGAUCGGAAUGGGCGAAGCAAAUACGGCGUCAUCAAUCAUUUGACGACACAACAAUCACAUACCCCGUAUGUAUUCUACAUUUCACUCCAGUUGAUAUUAAAAUCGCUGGCAAACGAACCACAAUCAAAAAAGGAUCGGUUCCAACAAUUUUCCCAUGUGCUAAUGGUGAUACGGUUGUUUUGGACCUCAAAGAUGAUGAAGAGCUUCCGGAUAUUGAUUCAACAGUUGGUGAAUAUGAGAAUAACUCGCACUCAACAAUGUCACUGUCAAUUGAACCGAUUUCAAAUACAAAACAAAAAAAUGUGUCAGCUCAAGAGUCACCAAAUCAAAAGGAAAACGAUGUGCCAAACGUACGAAGCAACAUCAAUACAAGCAAUAUGGAAUGCUCAUCGAACCACAUUGAUCAGUAA